UGACGUCACGUACGUCACUCAAUGGAAACCUCACGUGACGAGCUGUCUGUAGCACGUGAUUCGUCCAGUCCAUAUGUGGACAUCAAGAUAUACGUAGGGAUUGACGUUGGCCUGAUUUCGUGAUCCAAUGGUGUCGUGCGCGCAUACACUUGAAUUCUAGUCGCUCUGCGUCACAUUAUCAUCGCUGACCGUGCGUAGAAGUGAAAGCAGGUGGAGGUCGUCACGGGAUAGCCAGUGCUACAUUACUUGCUACACCACUUGCUACAUACCAUUGGCUAGCAGUCAGGUUCUCUUCUCUUGCAAGAUGAAGUUUGCAAAAACGGCUCGUGCACGAGCGGACGUCUGCAGCGAUGAAUCAAAACGAAGACUUUGCGCUUGGCAGACUAAAGUGGACAAAUUACCGAAAGACCGGAGAGUGUGGAAUCGUCGACACGUUCACAUCUAUUUGAAUUGGUGCAAGGUGAAGUUUGACUUGGAGGAGCUUUUUCCAGAGACUCAAUUUGGGGACGUCGAUGGUCAGACUCUGUGCACUAUGAGUUGGAAUGAGUUUGUGCAUCGUGCUCCGUUUACUGGGGACAUUGUGUACGAGCACUUGAAGGGACUGUACAUUGCAUCCGCUCGUCUUCCUAGCGUGGGCUGCGAAUCCAUAUUCUGUCUCGUUUGUUUUCCUAUAGCCAUGACCUGUCGUCCUCAAGUCGUUCCAUCUCUAUCUCCUCAAUUGAGCUACGCAACAGAAGCUCCCAGCGAAGAACAGUUGAAAGACAUUCUGGACAGUCUCGCUCAGGACGUUUUUCCAACGGAAACCGAUAGCUACUUCGAUCUGUAUACAAGAGAAUUGUAUUCAUAUCCACUGCAGAACGAAAUGCACAGCAAACUUUGCUGCAAAGCGAUGAUGACGACUGUCGACUAUCACAGCCCGCCGUCGCACACGACGUCGACCCUUCAACAUUGUUCAUUUCGUCCUAGCGAUAUGGAGCGUUUCACAGUCACCGGAGAAUGGAAUACGCUAGGUACGAUUUUGCAAGAUGAUGAUGGCAACAGCUUGCAGCGCAGUCUGCACACUCAAGGCCCAUGCGAUUGGACGGUGGAACACGUGCGAGAGUGGUUGGUGCAGACGGCACGUGACCAUCACUUGGGCAGCAUCGACUACAACUCGUUUGCAAUGAACGGCGAGCAGCUGUGCAAUCUCACACUGAACGGAUUCAAGCUUCGCGCUCCUCUGGCAGGAGAGAUUCUCUACUCGUUGCUGUGCAGUUUGAAAAAAGAUGCGAGCUCGUCUCAUCGCCACCGUUCUGUGCAUCAGAGCAAUGUCUGGUAUCCCAAGGAAGUGGCCGGACCGACUUCUCCACCGAAAGGAGAGCCUGCGACAGAUACUUUCAGUGAUUGCUCAAGCACGAGUUCGUGCUAUUUUGAUGAACGUGAGAGAACCAGAAUGUCCUCAUCCCCUGCAACGUGUGUGUCUGGCUUAGUAUCAUGCUCUCUAAAUGAUCCGCGUUUUUUGGCUUCUGGCGCCUCGCAGCUUCCAUCAUCGACAUACACAAGAGUGAACUACACUCCAUUGACAGGCAUUGCUCAAUCUCUUCCUGUAUGUGAAAGUGUCUUUGCAUAUACAGCAAACCCAUCUGGAUUUACAUCCAUCAAUCCUUUUCCCACUACCACAUACAAGUCUACUAAAGAUGCUCCACCAACCCAUUUGAGAACUUUCUUGAAAGAGUUGUUGUCUAACAGAAUGUUUGCUUACUGCAUUGAAUGGGCGGAUGAGUCACAAGGCAUCUUUCGUAUCCUUAACAGCGAAGAGGUGGCUCGUUUCUGGGGCAUUCGAAAAAACCGGCCAAAGAUGAACUACGACAAGCUGAGCAGGUCGCUUCGUUUUUAUUACAAGAAAGGCUUGCUAAGAAAAGUGCCAGGCCAGAGGCUUGUCUACCAGUUCACCGAUCCUAGCUUGAGUUUGAAUGCAAUGGAAAAGAAGGGCACAACCGAGCAGCAAGAGAGUAGUAACUCUGUGAGGAGCGACGAAUGAAACGAUACUAUGAAACAACCACUACAAUGUAUAUAAACUGCUGGCAGCAAGACUGUCCCACACAAGCAGUAUAUCAACAGUUGUUACUGAUUUAUGAUUUAUGAGUUCGAGUCAGACGUAAACUGACUGAAGACUUGAUGAGGUUUGUAGUUGCAUGUACACAUGGACACUUGGUGAGAUUUUUGAGAGUGAUUUUAGCUACAGAGGGAUGCACCAGGUUUAUCCUGGGGAGAGCGUUUGUACAAGCUUUCUGUGAGAGUUUUGGACAUAUUCAAUGUCUCGAAUUUGCUUUAUUAUACCAUAUGCUAUACUCUAGACUGUUAACGGUUGAUUGGAGGUUUUGUGAGAGAAGCAGUUUGUAAUUA